CAAUGGCAGUAUAUUACUGACAGCUCCUUUAAAUAAAACAGUUCUUCUUUCUUUAAAUACAACUUGUAAAUUGUCUGCAUUCUUUCUCCAAGAGCACCGCGGCGUCUACUAGCUAUCGUUUUAUGCCAAGGGAAGAGGCUUGAGCCUUCACACGAGCUUUCUAAACAGCGAAACACGUAUUGGCAAAUGGAAUAUGAAAGCCACGUCUGAUAGGAAAAUGAUUCCAUGCUCUGUGGUCAGUCUUGUAGUCUGUGUGGCACUGACAGGAACCAUUGUGACGUGUGAUCCCCAGGAAUUCACAGUUCGUGAGACGGUGUACGGAAAGAUCCGAGGAUACGUGCACAGCGUUCUGGAGAACUCGACAGUUGAGCGCUUCCUGGGAAUCCCCUACGCGGCUCCCCCGACCGGCCAUCUCAGGUUCGAGAAUCCUCGAGAACCUCCAACAUGGACAGACAUCUUGAAUACGACGGUGCUGUCCCCUGCGUGCCCUCAAAGCCACUGGGGGUACCUUAGAUGGCACGUACCAGAUUUUGAUUCCCACAGCGAGGAUUGUCUCUAUAUGAACAUCUAUGUCCCUAAGACAGGAGUUAACAACGCUGGUGGUAUGGCGGUGCUGGUCCACGUCCACGGGGGGUCCAACUUGAUUGGAAUGGCGGCGAUGUUUCACGGAGACGUCCUAGCUGUGAUGGGCAACAUCAUCGUGGUUACGUUCAACUACAGACUCGGCCCGUUUGGGUUUUUGAGUGGAGGAAAUGCUGAUUUUCCCGGAAAUUACGGUCUUCUUGAUCAAAGUUUCGCUCUGCACUGGGUACAAGAGAACAUCCAUUUCUUUGGUGGUGAUCCAUCCAAGGUCACUUUACAAGGUCACAGUGCUGGCAGUAGUGAUGUCGUACUUCAUCUAUUUUCGUCAGAAUCAAAGGGUUUGUUCCGUCACGCCGUUAUGCUAAGUGGGGUAGCGACCGCCUACUGGGCGUUCUCCCGCCCCCCACACGACCCCGCCUUCGUCUUGAGGGAAGUGGCAUCGGAGCAUGACUGUUCUUCCCAUGACACGACCCGCACCAAGCAGUGUCUGAAAAACGUCCCCUGGGAAAACAUGCUGGAUGUGUCUGAGAGUUUUAGGUUAGUAAGUCAUUACCUUCCUGUCGUCGAUAACGUGUUUUUAAACAACACACCGGAAAACCUGAUAGAAGAUUCGCCGAUCAACGGGGUAGCUUACAUGAUGGGCAUCGCUCGGAAUGAAGGAAUACGCAUGGUUAGAAAACCCGACCACUAUAGAUUAACUCCAGCGUCUAUUAAGGGGCGAAUUCCAGACCAGGUGAAACCGGAAAACUUUCCACAAUUUAUUGAUUUAAUUCAUCAUGAAUACUCACCUUGGUCGGACCCUGAUAACAGCACUGCCAACAUUAUUAGUCUGGCUAAUAUUGUAGGCGACCUAGCGAUAGUGGCACCAGUCGUUGACGUCGCCAGUCGAAUAGCAAAGCGGAACAAAGUUAUGUAUUUCUACAGCUUCGAGUACCAGUCACCUCUGUCGUCCUUGGCAGGUGUGCCACACGGUCUUGAUCUGUUUUACCUGUUUGGCUGUCCGUUUUCCGGACACCCUCGGUUCAACUACUCGAACGAAGAUCGGGAAGUGAGCCGCGUGUUUAUCGAACUGUGGAGCAACUUUGUUAAAAAUGGCAAGCCUUCGUCGCUUUCAUUAUCAUCCCAUGUUGCUGAUGCAAUUCCUCGAUUCUCCAGUGACUCUCAGCAUUAUAUGAAACUAUCUGGUUACCAAGGAAACGCGUCCGUGGUCGUGGCUUCCAGACCAUGGGCCAGGCAGGUUCAUUUUUGGAACUCUCUGUGGUCGGAGUUACGAAACAGUGGCAGUUCCACAUACCAGACUGGGCCUGGUGCUGUAGCCUGGGUGUUUAUCGCUACCACCGGCUUUCUCUUCGUGGUGAUCAUUGCCUUGAUAGGGUGUCUUGUGUACAUUACGCACAGGCGUACGGGCUCACAGUUUGGUAGGGUGACAGGCUGAUCAAAAUUAAAGGAAAAUGCCCGACAAGGGGCGGAUUAUACUUUAGGUAAGGGGUGGGGGUCUGAAACAAUAUGAAAAUGUUUAUAAUUUGAAAUUAUAAAUUUUACGUAGACAUCAAUUUAGAUCUACGUGGUGGGGUGUUUUUUUUUAGCCGGGUGGGGGUGGGGGUGGGGGGUCCGUGUAACUGGGAACCCCCCCCCCCCAUAACCCGCCCCUGCCGAUGUGUUUAUUCAUAUUUGCAUUACUACUAAUGUUGUGAGUAGAAUAUCGGAAAGACUUGUUGAACAUGUUUCAGGUCAACUAUUCGUCAUAGUUUUUACCCGAAUGCGAAGAAUUUGCAUCAAGGCUGGAGAUGUGCCCCCUGCUCUCUCUCCCCCCCCCCCCCCCCGAUCCCCUGUCUCGUACGCUAAGGAAUAUAGGAUUUUGUGAAGUGUGUGUAACACAAGUGAUGACUGGAAAUAUUGUACUGCUAAAUAUGAAAACGUGGGCUACGUUAAUGCCAAACCGAGCAGGAGAAACACAAUUCUUGUUUUGGUAUCACAGUGGGGUAUCAGUCAAAUUGUUUUUUUUAACGUUAGUAUCACCUACUGUCGUUGAACGCAACCCUAGUGAAUUUAGUGAAGCGCGUUCAAGAAGGCAAGCGAUCGCGGUCGUUCGCUAGUCACCGAAUUUUAAAUGAACGUGGUAUGAUAGAAGACUGAAAUGAGUCAAACUGUUCGCGAGCGCUCGGUCUCUGAACGCACCGCUGCUAAAUACAGGGAUUUGUGAACAGUGUUUCCGGUAUCUUGAUUAAAGUCGCUGAUCCUAAUUUCAACCCGUGAAAAUGGACACUAAAUAUAAUUAAUUAAUCUAAAUAUAAUUAACUAAUCUACAGACCUGUAACAUUUGGAUACAAUUACAAUUUAGAGUGACGUUGCAACGGGGAAAUACCCAUACAGAAUAGACUAGAGCUCGUUUUCACAACCUUUACUUCUCAGAGGUACGGACGUUUUUCAAAAUAUGAAAGAAGCAUUUCGUGGUAUUGGAAACAUCAGGGUGACCAGAAACACUUCCGGUGUGCGAAAAUUGAUAAUAUAAACAAUAAAGUCUCAGUGAUGUCUAAUUACAAUGAUCACAACCGGCUCUAAUUUUGAAAAAAAAAAAAAAACCGCCGUAGAGUUUUAAAAAAUAGGACCUGUCACUUUAAGAGGUUAGGUGGGUUGAUUCAUGCUUACUGUGUUGGUGCUUACAACACUUACGAGUUUGUAAAUGGCGAAUUUAGGUGGGUACAAACGGAGUGCCUUAAUAUAUUACUUAGUUGGUGCUCGCAACACAUACGAGUUUUUAAGUGGCGUGGUUAGGUGGGUUGAACGUUCUUGGUGCUGGCAAAACUUAAGAUUUUUUCAGUGGUAAGUGGCGCGGUUAGGUUGGUCGAAACUUUGUGCCUUAAUAGAUUAAUUUGUUGGUGCUCACAACACUUACAAGUAUAUAAGUGGCGCAGUUUAUUGUUGUUGUUUUGAGUAUAGUUAAUGACAGGAGUUUCUCGCUCUCAGUACUGUGACAAUGUACAGUAAAACCUGCUAUUGUUUACAUUUAUUGCGAUUAAAAGCAAAUAGAUUGGUCGCACGUUUUCCAAGGUAUUACAGCUACUCCAUUAAACCUGAUGUUAAUGGAAGUCUGUGUGUACAGGCAAACACGAAUACAUUAUAAAGUGGAUUUUACUAAUUAUCUGUAAAGUUGACAAGAAUGUAUAAGUCAUAUUUCAUGUUGUAACUAUCAAAUUAUACUGGUGGUCAGUUGGUUGCCUUUAACAAAUAGGUUUAUCAUUAAUGUUCAGCCUCUUUUAGGUUUAUCAUUAAUGUUCAGACUCUUUUAGGUUUAUCAUUAAUGUUCAGACUCUUUUAGGUUUAUCAUUAGUGUUCAGACUCUUUUAGGUUUAUCAUUAAUGUUCAGACUCUUUUAGGUUUAUCAUUAAUGUUCAGACUCUUUUAGGUUUAUCAUUAGUGUUCAGACUCUUUUAGGUUUAUCAUUAAUGUUCAGACUCUGUUGGAAGUGACCUCCUGUUUGUAUAUAGACUCAAAUAUACAAAAUAGUAUACAUACUUAAUUUGACAUAUGUCAUUUCAAUUUUAUAUUCAUCUUCAACUUUGACGUUAAUUAACUAGAGAUGUAUUAAUGUAUACGCAUUAUAAUACAUUUAUGUGUGGAAUAUCGGCAACCCAAAUAAACAUAUUCGUAUUCCUAUAUAAAAAGUAUAUACCAAACACGUCUACACAGAGGUACUGUACUUGUGAGGGAGAGCUCUUAAGUAGUUCUCGCAAUGAUUUCUGGUUACUGUUGAAAAUAAUCGUAUUUAUAUGUGGCUUCGUUUUCAUGAAAUACACAAUUUGAAAUAA